AUGGAUGAUAUUCUGGCAAUCUGGCUGUGGUUUGGCUUCAUAUUAUAUCUGAUUUCGGCGACUUUGAAGGCAUCUUACCAGGAAGAAGCCCAUGGCGACAACAUUUCCGGCUACUGGUACUCAGAUGAAAACACAAUCAUGGAGGAUGCGACAGCGUGCAUGUGUCAAUACUACAAGAAUAGGAACACUGGCGGUAACCAGUGGGAUACCAAUGGGUGGCAUCUUGGUAGAGAUAAGAUGCACUACUACUGUACGGAGAAGUGCGGUGCGGAGUGGUCGGCGGCGAAUUAG